AUGAAUCCUGAAGGAAAUGUAACUCCGCAAGUUGCAAAAAAGAUAGACGUUCCCAGUGGAAAUAUUUCCAACUCCUCUUUGGAUAAAUCGAAUUCCGAGCUUUCAGUGGGAGGAAUAGAAGCAAUUCCUGCUAUGGCAAACGUUUUAGGUUCGCCAAAAAUUCCAUGGCUGAUGAUAACUUUAUUGAUUAUUAUUGUUGCAUUGGUUAAAUUUAUUCGACCUAUAUUGAAUGCAAAUAAAAAAUCUUUUGAUUCGGUAGUACGUAAAGAUCCCGAAAAUUCAGAUAAACUGCUAAAAAGAUUUACUUGA